UUGAUGCGCGGUGUUCUGUAGCGUCUCCCACGGUUCUCCUUUCCUCUAUUCGGGAAAUCUCUCCUACUCGUCAGAAUCAAUGCGAAUCAGCAGCGAUAAGCGCGCUGAUGCUGUGCGGUCUGUAGCUUUCUAUUCUCUGGAGAAUAAGGACUAAACCCUCUGUUACAGGUUUCUUCUUGCAUAGCUCUUCAGUGCAACGGGGAAGACAGACAACAUGAUUUGCUUUAUCUUCGUGGUUCUAUGUGGAUUGUCUGGCAGUGCGCUUGCAAAAGGUAAAGUGGAUAGGGAGCCUAAGGGGAAGUUCAGUGUUCCUGUUCUGGAUGUGAAGAGUCGACAGCUGGUCCUGGAGGCCAACCAGACGCUGACGAUUCACUGCAGGGGUCGGUGGGAGCUGUCGUGGGUGUUCCCUGGAGGUGUGGCCAGAGAUAAAGAGAGUGUGCAAUUGGAGGAUUCUCGCUGUGGGAGGCAGAGCCAGCAUUACUGCAGCCAACUGAUUAUUAGCUCAGCCCAGGCCCAGCACACAGGAUCGUUCCGGUGUCGGUAUAGCCAGCGGACCCGCAGGCAGAGUGCUGUCUACAUCUAUGUCACAGACAGACAGCGGCCAUUUGUGGAGGAGCAGAAUAACAGUCCAGACGUGGUGUAUAUCAAGGAGAGCCAGCCUCUGGUCUUCCCCUGUAGGGUCACCCACCCUGACGCCACCGUGUCAUUGGUCAAGUUCCCUGACCGUGAGUUGACCCCAGACCAGAGGAACAUAGUGUGGAACAGCAGACAGGGCUUCCUCAUCCGCAGUCCCACCUACUUCUACAUCGGCCUGUUCUCCUGCAAGACCUCUGUCAACGGGACCACACACUCCCUCAGUUACCUCACACACAGACAAGUGAAUAAGAUUAUGGAGGUGUAUCUGAACAGUACUAGUCCCGUCCAGACUUUACAGGGGGACAGUCUGGCUAUCAACUGUACUGUGACUGCAGAGUGGAACAGCAGAGUGUCCAUCAGCUGGGACUACCCUGGGCAGGUAAACCGGGCAGCCAUAAUUAGUAGGCGUAUCAUGGCCAGUAAAACUCACAUGGUUUUCUACAGUAUUCUGUCCAUCCCUAAUCUCCACCGCUCUGACAGAGGGCUCUAUAUCUGCCGAGUGACCAGUGGACCGGUCAGCCGAGAGACUAACGUGUCAGUCACAGUCUACGACCGUCCGUAUAUCCGUCUGACACCCAGACAAGGGGCUAUAGUGGAGGCUCAUGCAGGACAGAAGUCCUACCGACUCUCCCCCAAACUACGGGCCUUCCCUGCCCCAGAGAUCAUCUGGUUGAAGGAUGGGAAGGUAGCAGCAGAACAGUGUUCCCGUUACCAUGUGGACGGGAAUUCCCUGGUGAUCCGGGAUGUGGCGAAGGAGGAUGCAGGGAAGUACACUAUCCUGGUGGGAAUCCAGGAGCACAGACUCUACCAGAACCUAACGCUCUCUCUGGUGGUCAACGUGAGUCCUGGGAUAGGGGAGAAGGCGGUGUCCUUGCAGGACCCAGGUAGUGUCCCGCAGGGCAGCAGACAAGCCCUGCACUGCAGCUCCCACGGAGUCCCCCCUCCUCACAUCGCCUGGCUCUGGCACCCCUGCCCCCCCAAAGGCCUCUCUGGCGGAACACGGGCCUGAUGCCGCGCCGGAGGAGGCCCAGCGACAGUGGGCCAGGCUGGGCCAGGCUGAUAGGGACCUGGGUCCUCAGGGUAGGGUGUGGGUCUAGAGCCUGUUUCUGGCCCUGGAUCCUUGGACCUGGGUCUGGGGCCUGGAUCCACCCUUAUGUCCUAGGUCUGGGUCCUUGGUGCUGGAUGUGUCCCUGGGUCCAGUCGUGGAUCCUUGGUCUUGUCCUGGGCCCUGGGAACCGCAGCGCUCUUAUCUGGCCCGGGCAGGAGGCUCGCCGGGUUUCCUGUGCGAAAAUCAGAGCGCUUUUCCUCUCCUUGUUUGGCUUCCUCCCCGACGCGAGACGCUUCCCAGCAGCGUGAUUGUCCCUCCGUCUUCAAACGUGGCAGAGUCCUGCUUCCUCAAGGGCUUGAUCUAUUCUUGAGACCCCCCCUCCCCUCCUCAUUCCCCCCUCCCCUGGCCUUCCCCCCCUCGCCAGCUCUGCCCCUCAUCCCCAAACCUUCGUUUCACUUCAUUAAAAUAUCCCCCCACCACACCACCAUCACCCCCUCCACCACACUCAGCAAGGCUGUUCCCAAGGCAGCCGGCGCCUUCAAUGACAGACAUUACUCUCUGGGAUCUUGGGGUUGGAGGGCAGGGGGGGGGCAGGACAGUGACCUGGUACACUGUUGAAGAGGAGGAUGAGGAAGAAGAGGAGUGAGAGGUCACACCACACUGAGGACAAUGAUCUGAUCUGCUUUUAAUGGUUAUUAUUCUAUUUAUUUAUUUCCCGUUACCCAGGUUGCAUUUUUACACCCCUUUUCUGGCUUCUUCUUUUUUUUUACAUUGUUACUUUUCUCAGACAUUUUGAGCCAGAAAGAAGUGCCCUUCCAUCCAUCCACUAAGCCACAUUUUUCUGGAGCUGCUUUUGCUUCUUGUGUUCCUAGAGUGGUACUAUAAUGGGUACAUGAGCCUGUCCCCAGCCCCGAGCCCUGCCAUCCUGUUGUAGUUCUGACAUCCACAAAAGCUGUGAGUUCUGACUGUAAAUCAUAUACCUUAUAAGUAAGUUGCUACAUCUCAGAUGGGCGAGCGGGAGAGAGAGAGAGAGAGAGAGAGAGAGAGAGAGAGAGAGAGAGAGAGAGAGAGAAAUGUUCUGGGAUGCCCUACAGUUACUGGAAGAUACUCUGGGACUGCUCAUCAAACACCUACCAUGUAGGAGUUACCCAGGACCCAGAGUCAAUGACAGUCAUAUGUCAUCUUAUGUCAUGCAUGUUAUGUCAUUUGUAAGGCGUUUCACUGUAUAUCAACCAUUUGUCAUCAAGAGUGAAUUUAUGUAUUAUUCUGCAAUUUAUUGUGUGGAAAAUAGUUUGUCUUUGCGUGUGAUAUAUGAAGAAUUUAUUUCCAAAAUGCUAAAUAUCCAUUUUCAGAAAUGUUGGUAAAUGAGCUUUUAUUGUUUAAAGUUAUGAAAGAGAUUGGUGUAUUUUUUCACUAUCUAAUCAUGACAUGGGGUUGUUCAAUGAAAGACAUGUAUUUGUUUAAAAUCUCUCACUUGAUGGAUUCAUUUCAGAGAAAAAUUGUUUACAUUUUUUUUUGCAAAAUGCUAAUUAUCCGCCUCACUCUCAGAGAAACAAGUAGUCCUGCUGGGUUUUACACAUUCAAAUGUAACAAAUAACUACAUUUUGAAUAAAGAACUGUUCAAAUGAUACAUUUGUGACAUCAAUAUUUUUUUUGUAUUAUUUAAAAUGUUUUAUAAAUAUAAUUGAACACAGUAAUAUGAGAUCUGUAUGUAAAACAUUUAACAUUUGAGUCAUUGAUCAGAUGCUCUUAUCCAGAGCGCCUUAGAGUUAGUGCAUUCAUCUUCAGAUAGCUAGGUGAGACAACCACAUAUCACAGUCAAAUAUGCAGGAUACAAACAUUCCAGCGUAACAAUUGAUAUAUAGCGGUUUGCAAAAAAAAAACGUUACAAUUCACAUCUAAAAUCUAUGAAUAAAAAAAUCUGAAAACAGUUAUAUUUUACACACACAUGAAGGUACCCAUAAGCAAUCAUUUCUGAUGGUGGAUAUAGUGUUUUGGAAAUAAACUCUUCAUAUGCACAGGAAGCUGUUUUUAUGGUUUGUUUGAGUGUCAUAGUCGUGCAUGUUGGCUUCCAAAACCCUUUUUGGUUCCAUGUCGAAGACUUCUGGGUUUAAUGUAAAACCCUCUGUGGAAAGGGUUCUACAUGGAACCCAAAAGGGUUCUACCUGAAACCAAAGGGGUUCUUCAAAAGGUUCUCCUAUUGGAACAGCCAAAGAACCCUUUUAGGUUACAUUUUUUUCUAAGAAUGUAAUGUGUGUUGAUUUGUGUGUUGAUUUGUGUGUGUGUGUGUGUGUGUGUGUGUGUGUGUGUGUGUGUGUGUGUGUGUGUGUGUGUGUGUGUGUGUGUGUGUGUGUGUGUGUGUAUGAUGAUCAUGAUGAUGAUGAUGAUGAGAGCAAGCGAGACUUCCACACUGAGUUUAUUCAUUCUACGGGUCUCUCCCUUUGUGAUUCAUUCCAUGUAUACAGAUUUUCUAUGAGUAAUAUAUGAAUCUAAUAUUUAAUAAUUUUAUAUGACUAACUUACUUAUGAUAAUUGCCAAUAAUGGCCAAAUUUGUAUGAAAACUUUUCAUGUGUAUUGUUUUAAAUAUGAUAUUAAAUGUAUGGUUUUUACAUUAAAUGUUGCUUUAAAUUG